AGCUACGUAGCAGGAGGAUGCAUUUCUUUUCAGCCUGAGGCAGCAACCGUCAUUCUGUCCAUCGCCGUCACCGCCCCCUUGGCGACCUGUUCGCUUGUGCAGCCCGCUCCUAUCAAACAGCUGCGAGCCUUCGAUUGCUGUUGCGAGAUCGUCGAGUUACCUGGCUAGGCAUCGCGACCUCCAACACCACGACCUAUCUCCAUCCGCCGCGCCCCCGCAAUCCAACACGACUCGCUAUUGCGUGAAACAAGCCUGCGCACACGACUGCAGCAACAACACAUACACAUACAUGUCAUAAUGGUGCUCUACGCAUUCUACAUCUUCGAUCGACACACACAAUGCAUCUACAGCCGGCGCUGGACCCCCUCCCCACGCCCAACAUCCUCUAGCAGCAAGCCUUCCGCCGACGCCCCUCCCGCAGCCCCAACCCGCGCGCCGCUCUCGCACUCCGACGACGAGAAGCUGAUCUUCGGGCUCGUCUUCUCGCUGCGCAACCUAGUGCAGAAGCUGGGCGGCACCGACGACACGUUCCUGUCCUACCGCACGGGCGAGUACAAGCUGCACUACUACGAGACGCCGACGCGCAUGAAGUUCGUCAUGCUCACCGACACCAAAGUCAUCAACUUGCGCCAGUAUCUGCACCAGAUCUGGGCGAAUCUGUACGUCGAGUAUGUGGUGAAGAAUCCGCUUGCGCCGACGGAACACCCGGGGGGGAUUGGCGUGGCGAACGAGCUGUUUGAGACGGGGCUGGAGCGGUUUAUCGAGGCUGUACUGCCCGUGUGAGGGGGGUGGGGAUGGGGAAGGAAUAGACAUGAAUUGAAGCAUGGACGGUGUUGGAAUGGCCGAGUGCCAAGAAGAGAGAGAGUACGGCCCGAGUCUGGCCUGGGUACGGGCAUGGUAGACGGAUUAUGAUACCCCACGUUAUAUUUACGGCGUUGAAUCCUUUGGAGCUAUCUAGGGCGAGGAUGAGUAUAAGGUCAAGGGAGUUUGAGGCGACAGGAUCUAUUGAAGAGGAUUCGAUUCGAUCCCACAGCCAUAUAUAGAAGGGCGAGAUACAUAUAGACAAGACGAGACAACAACAGUCAAGUGCGUAGAUUCAUUCAUCUCUUCACAUGGGUAUAACAUAGCACAACCC